AUGGCGGCGGGGCGCGCCGCCGCGCGCGGGCCGACGGGAAGGGAGUUCGAACGGCGGCGGCGGGCCGUGGCGGCCAUGGCGGAGGAGGCGCAGGAGGACGGUGCGACGCGGACCCUGCCCAGCCUCAGGCGGCUCUCCCGGGCUCUGCCUUUCGGGCGGACCCACGGCCGCCUCGGCAUCAGCUCCAGCGGCCGCCCCAUCGUGUCGGCGCUGUGCUCUCAGGAAAGCGCCGAUCCGCAGCAAACGGCGCUCCUGCUGCGUAAAGCCUGGACGCUGUACAGCGUGACCCCCCUGUACCGCUUCCGCCGCGCCCGCCUCAGGGACUACGAGCGGCUGCUGAGCGCCUUCAUCGCCGCCGAGAAGCAGAAGGGGCUGGCGGUGGAGGUGGGCGUCGAGCUGGACAUCAAGGUGGCCCUGUCCAGCCUCGCCGACCUCAGGGGCAGCGAGCUGGACCAGGCGGCCCUCCUCGUGCAGCUCUCUUCGAGGUCACGAGCUUCCUCCAGGAACUCUGAAGACAAACUGGUGUGGUCGGGCUGGUUCUGCUCCGUGUUUGGAGAUGACCUUUCCGAGAACCUGCCAGAGGACUUCACCAGCCUGCCCCUGUUCCUGAGCCACGGGGCCGAGAGCUACACGUCCUUGGUUGGAAGCUGGUUCCAGAAGACUUUCGACUGCUGCUUCCGCCGCCUGGCCAUCAGCCCCCAGAACCUCAGCUGGAUGGUGGCCAUGUGGGCUGGCUGCAAGCUGGACAGAGCUGCCGCUGCCGUGGAACUCGUCUUCUCCGUGCCCCGCCUGUCCCAGCCCCUGGAUAUUUCGUACGCCAUCCACCCAGAGGACGCCAAAGCUCUGUGGGACACGGUGCAAAAAACGCCAGGAGAGAUCACCCAGGAGGAGGUGGAUGUUUUCAUGGACUGCCUUUACGCCCACUUCCACAGGCACUUCAAGAUCCACUUGUCAGCUGCAAAGCUGGUGAAGGUUUCCACAGCGGUUGCCUCGGCACAUUGCGAUGGGAUUGUAAAGAUUCUACAGAGCCAAUACCUGCCUGGAAUGCUGAUGCUACUGACUGAACUCGCAAUCUCUCAGAUACAGUGACAGCCACUUCAGUAGCUCUUUGUAUUAAAAAGGCUUUCUGUUUGGACAGUCUGUGCUGAGAAACCACCAGGAAACUCACUCCUGCAGCAUCUUCCUUCUUCUCAUUCUGGCUGUCCGAAGUCUGACCGUAACUCCAGCACUUGGCUGUGUUUUGCACAGCAAAGUCAAGCAGAUUGGGCCCUGAAGAAGGGCUGCAAUGCAAAUUUGUGACAGCUUCCCGAGCAGCUUUGUCACUCAUUUCAUUUAUGUGCAGGUGUCAGCUCAGAGGCAGACAGUGCAAAUUCUUGAUGCAGCUUGCUGACAGGUAUUUCUGUUUUUUCAAAGUUGGUUUUCAUUGGGCAGCCUAAGAUACACAGGCCUUGGCUAAACUGUGACUCUUGGGCUAGUCUAAAUGCAAAGUUCAGCACACCUGAGAAAGGGUGCAUGCUCUACAAUCCAGGGCAGAAAAAUCCAAGUUUCUAACUCCCUUUUGAGCUUGUUAAGGGUACUUGGUAACGUGUAAUAUUGAUAAUGUUCAUUUAUGUUCCAGUUGGGCAUGAGAUUGGACACAAGGCACUUGUCAGCCUGUCGGUCCUCCCAGGCAAGUUAAAAGAUGGGAAAAUGAGGUGUGGAUAACCAGUUUGAUAGGCUUUGUCCUGAUGUUUGUAAUCUGGGAUGUAAUCCUGUAGGCCAGAGAGCUCUCAGGGGUGGAGCUGUGUGCCGUCUAAUUUGAUGUUGGAUCCCUCCCUUCUGGAGCAGGCAGGAGUUCAGAGGGACAGAGCACAGCAUCAGGCUAGACAUUUAAGGAGCAGAAAGUAGAACCUGCUAAGAGUUUUUGUAAUACUGAAUAGAGAAAAUAUUUUCAAUCUUUUGUCUUUAGGAAAGACCACCUUUGUCUAAUUAAAUAUAUUCUUGCAUGGAGCUUAUUUCCAACUACAGCUUACGUGACCAAACCACCAUUUGUUACUUAUUAAAUGCUUCUGUGAGCAGCAAAAUUCCAAGUCUAGUUUCUUGCUUCAUUGUGCAUCAUCUCUACGUGCUUGAUUUGUGCUAUGACCCUCUCCUAAACAGAGGUGCAAGUUACUUCUCCCAGUGUAAAACUGCCCAACAGGAUGUAACUGCAUGCCUAGUUCCUAACAUUUUUUCCAGAAUUAAACAAAGACACACUUGGUCUCAGAUUCUUUACUAGUUGAAGAUGGACUAUUUUUGCAUGUUAAGGUUGAAGUCUUUGGUAACUCUUACCCUGGUACAAGCAGCUAAGUGAGCUUCUGAAGGUCUUGGCAGCUCAGAAGCUACUUAAACUAUCACUUCUGGUGCUUUAGUUUCCUUUUUCGAAAUAUCUCAGACACAGUUUGCUAUCUGGAGUCAGAAGAGCUCUGGACAAAGGAGUACAAGGUCUGAAAAGAACUGGCACCUGUAUUUGGUUUGAAAAUAGGACUGUUACACCCAGAGCUAAGUUUUAAAUCUAAUGCUCACCUCUUUCCAACAAAUUUGCAUAUAUAAUAUCUAAAAACCUAAAUUCUUAUAGCCUCUUUUAACCUCUUCCUUGUGUUGUCCUCA